AUGGGGUCCCUGCUCUUCCAGCACCCCAGUGCCUUUGAGAGGGUGAUGCGUCUGACCCCAAUGGAGAACUCCUUCCAUGGACUUCUCCAGAAGUGCUCAGAGAGCUGGCGGUUGGCAGACAAUACUAACAACGAGGCCCUACACCUCCUUCUCUCGCCCACCCGUCGUGCCCCCCCAAUGCACCGCCUUCUCAGUCCAACUCUCUCCAGUGGUCCAAGCCCCACAAGUUCCUCACCGGUACCCCCACUAGUCCCCCCACGCCUCCAGGAAACGCCAACAACUCCUCCCCAGGUCAGAACCAGCGUCCAGGCCGCAAGCCAGUCCAAGUCCUGUGAGUUCUGGUGGAAGACCUUCAAGGCUAUCCAGAGCAAGCCUGACAUAAGUCCCACAGAUCCCGGAGUCACACAGGAGCCACGAAGGCGCCUACAAAGGUUGUCAUCUGAGGAGGAAGAGGAAGAGGAAGAGGAAGAAGAGGAGGAGGAAAUUGAGGAUGAGGAGGAGAUGAGGAACGGCCUAAGUAGGCCUGAGUCUAACCUGACCAUGGACUCAGAGUUCCACAGGAACAUGGAAAACGGGUCGAGGCCUUCCCCAGACGAGAAGCCUCAUGGUGGGGAUAGAGUGACGGAGAGCGGAGGGGUGGGUAUCAUGCACCCAUACAACCACCUGGACAAUCAUCUGAGGCUGGCCCCUUCCAAGAAGACCAUGAGUCUGGACAGGGAGAGGCAGCCUAAUAGAGAGUCGAGAGAGGGGGGAGAUGCAGGGAGGGGGGAGAUGGAGAUUGAGAGGGACAGAGAGCGAGCGUUGGACAGGGCGAUGGACAGAGCGAUGGACAGAGAGAGAGAGAUUGAAAGAGAGGAGAGGCCCUUGAUGAACGGAAGAAUUAGUGGGUCUGAAGACUCUUUCUCUGGACUGUUCCACCGCCGGCCCACCCCCAUCACCAGCCCCAACCCCUCCAACAAGAGAAUCAAGGUGGAGAAGGAGUUGGAGCUCCCCGCGGCUCCGACCCUCAUCUCCCCAGAGAACAUGUAUUCCCAGCUCCUGGCCGGCUACGCCGCCUCACGCCACUUCAUCAGAGAACCCUUCCUCCAUGGCUUCAGUGACGCCCACCAGUCCCCCUUCGCCACUUCCUCAGAGCACUCCUCCUCCGAGACAGGUUCCCUCCGCUUCUCCACCUCUCCUGGGGAAUUCCUGGAGGGAGUGGGCGCAUCGGGCCGCAGCGGCAGCUCCACCCCUCACCUCCUGCGGGGUCCCGGGCCGGGUCGACCCCCUAGUAAGGAGAGCAGACGGAGCGACACCUGCGAGUACUGCGGGAAGAUAUUCAAGAACUGCAGCAACCUGACGGUGCACCGGCGCAGCCACACGGGAGAGAGGCCCUACAAGUGUGACCUGUGCAGCUACGCCUGCGCCCAGAGCUCCAAGCUAACUCGCCACAUGAAGACCCACGGGCAGUUUGGGAAGGAGGUGUACCGCUGUGAUAUCUGCCACAUGCCCUUCAGCGUCUACAGCACCCUGGAGAAACACAUGAAGAAGUGGCACGGGGAACACUUGAUGGCCAGCGACGUCAAACUGGAGGAGGCUGAGAGAGGCUAGGUUACGCUAGGCUAAAGCUAAAGCUAAAGCUAAGGCUACAGGCUAGGCUAGGCUAACACCUCAGACUCAUUCUGAAUGAACACUUACAGGACUUCAACACGGGGCUUGGCUGGAUAAUCUUUCCUCUUCUUGAAUAUUUUUGGGACAAUUUAAUGUACGUAAUUCUGUUUUUGUUUGUUCUUUUUGUCACAGAAACUGCCACCUGAGAAAUAUAAACAAAGGGAAACAUGGGAUGGGGGAUUUUUCUAGAAACCUUUAGUUUCCUGCCAACUAUUGAUCUAUCUGAGGAUUUUAUCAUUUAGGAAUCCAUUGAGCCUUUCUACUGUGCAAUAAUGUCUGUAUCUAUUGGAGUUUUGUAAAGAUAUUGGGCAUGUGAUGGUACAUCUUGUGGGGUUUUAUAGGGAAUUAGGUAGAUAGCUAGUAAGUAAAAAAAAAUAUGCUGAAGAUUUUUUUUCUUAAAAAACACAUAACUUGAAACAGGUCACACUUGAUUAGAAAUACGAUUUUAAUUUUGAUUUGUUAAUUAAAAACAAUUCCUUUAAGGAAACUAUAAGUAAAUGAGUAAACUUCUUAAAUUAUGAUAGCAAUUAUUUAUUUUUUAUCUGUAAUAUUAAUAUCCUAUUAGGUCAACAACAGACUACAAUCCAUCUCCUCAUCGUUGACAUAAAGCACUGAAUGUCAAUAUGACAAUAAAAUUUACAUUUUAGCAUUUAAAAAAAAAAAGAAAUGUUGAUGUUUUAAAAAUCUGAAGAGAUUACAGCCAAUUUUAUACAAACUAUUAUUUUUUUAAUAUCAGCGUGUGUUAUUAUUAUUUGAUGCAAUCCAGUCCCCACAUUCCCGAUAUUAGCCGGGGACAUAAAUAGCGGUUGCUGACAUAAACUCCUUAGAUGCAGGAUUAAAUCACCAUGGGAAUAUUUAAGAUAUAUCCGUUCAAACUUGCUGUAGUAAAUGUGGAAAGGAGAACAGUCCUAUAAAACUUUAUGUGUGUGGAUGUUUUGGGAAGAGUAAAGUGUUUUAUUUCAUCACACAUUAUGUAAAUAUUAGAUUUUCCUUGAUCCAUCAUUAUUUACAGAAACUAAAUGUAUACUAGCCCCAUAUUUUACAUUCAGAAUGUCCACUCUAACUAAAACAAUCAAAGAUCAGUGACUUGAGUUAUUUAAGUUCUGAAAAAUAUACAUUGUUAUUGCAACCGUUCGCUAGAUAAUUGCAAUACAGGUCCUCUCAAUAGGGCUUCCUUCCUGUGAUCAUACUGUUUACAUUUGAACAACAUAGCGGCAAUGUCCCUUACACCCUCUUGACACUUGAUAAAGCUUCAUCGAAACCAAUUUGUUAAGUUAAACUUUUAAACAUUCUACAUUGUGCUGUACAUUCCACUUCUAGAAUCAUUUCAUUGUUCCUUCUGGGGAAUUCUUGAACAGUAGUGUUCUCGUCGCCCUGGGUGAGUUCUGAUCCCCUCAGGAUUCAGCAAAACGGCCUCAGAAUGGAAUUCAUAUCAAUGCCUGUGUUUCUCCACUGUGUGCUCUAAGCCUCAAUCUGCCUGCCUGCUUUCACAGUUCACUAACUCAGCGUUCAUGUAUUAGUAGAGCAGCUUUGAAAAGGAAAAGGUGGGGGUUGUUCAUUUUGCUUCACAAAGCGAUAUGGGGGUUUAACGCACAAUAACAGAUUUGUGAAGACACUGUACGUGGCGUUCGUGACUUUUAGGGAUUUACAAUUUGUGAUUUUUCAGCUGCGUGGAAUGAGGAUGGCUCAUCCUUGGAUGAAUCUAAAAAAGCCUAUUUGAGUUACAUUGAGUUAUGGUAAUAAUGUUCAGCACAGCUGUUAGACUGAUGGCCAGAUGACCUUGAGAUCUGAUUGGAUCAUUCUUGAGGUAGAAAAUGAAAGAUUGAAAUAGAGAAAAUGGAGAGGGGAUAGAGGGAGAGAGGGAGAGAGACGUAGAAGGAAAGAGAGAGAGAGAGAGAGAGACCCAAGGCAAGGAUCAAAGUCAUUCAAAUGAAAUUGAAAGCAUAUGAAAAGUGUGUUUUAACCCAAAUGCAUAUCUACUGGUCAAAUCUAAUACCAAGGACAUCAGAGAGAGAGAAAGAGGACCAAUAUUAGGGAAGAUUGAGGCCACAUCUUCCCUUAAUAGAACCAUCUUCAAUAGAGAUAAUCACCUCGCCUCAAAGAUAUCACUUCACACAGCCUGUUUUAAAUGUGCUGUGUGUGUUUAGGCAACUGGACAUGGGUGUGCUCUCGAAUGAAAAUCUUCCUAUUUAUCAUCAUCUUGUUGACAGAAAUCAGAUUCUUACACAAAACACUCAUCUCAUAAUGGUCCUCUAUUUCAGAUCAGCAUGUGGAAAUGGAAUAGAUUAGUUAUCAUAAUGUAUGAAACUGACUGAAACGGUGUAGAUACCAUAGAGACAUGCAUUUGGUGAAAACACAUGUUGAUAUUCAGUAAGAGUACAUCUUUAGUGUAUUCCAAUACAUUUAUUUUUCUAUCAAUUCUCACUUCAGAACAAGGUUGAUAAUAACUAAAACAACUGUUAUUAUCGCAAUUGAGACAGCGGAGAGGAGAAACCUACAAUUCCCACUUCUGAACAAGCUUCAUACAGUAUAUUCCAUCCAAGAUAUGGACCCUAGAGAGUUAUUUUAAUCCCAUUGAGAAACCAGGAAGACAGACUCGCAAAACAGAACUAGUCAUUUCAUACAAGAACAUUCAGUCCCAGAAUAAUGUUUACAGUGUUGAAGUAUGUUAAUGAUGAAAUCCUCUGUGUUUUGAAAUAACAAAGUAUUCUUUUCAUACAAUGUUUUGAAUGCCAUAACGAGCAUUGUACGGUUAUGAUGGGGGAGGGAUUUUAAGUAGAUGUACAUGAGUAGUUACGUAUCAUUUCUUGCUCACUGUAUGACGAUACACAGUGUCUUUGUAAUAUUGAUAAAUGAUGUUGCAUUUUUAAAAACAAUUGGUUCCAACAUUCUGCCUAUUUUACCUUCCCAAUCCAAUUGUGAUUCGAUUCAAAUGUUUAAAGUUGCUUUUUUUUGGUAAAUCUAUCCUAAUAUGGAUUUUAAAAAUAUUUCAAUUAGAAAUCAUCCAGAAUAUCAGAGGUAUUUUGGGAUUGGGAUUCUGCAAUGGGUUAUGGGAGAAAUGCUUUUUAAAAAUUGUUUUUUAAAAUCAGUUUUAGGAGGCGUUUAUGGACAAUGUCGUUUUUUCUCUUCUCAUGGUUGGUUGAAGUUCUUGUGAUGGCACUUAAAAUUUAAAUUUUAACACAUUUUCAACUUUCAUGACUUUUGCUCUUUGUACAAAAAUCUUUUUCUUUUCCUUUUUUGAGGGAUUGUUGUGAAAAAUAAGUCGUUUCAAAGCAGCAGCAGUAACGUCGGCUGUUUGAACAUAUAUGUAUUUUUGUAAUGUGUUGAAAAGAAAGUCAACAAAUCCAAUAAAUGUUGCAAUUGCCCAUCUGAA